AAUAAUUUAGUUAUCUAGUUAUACUCUUAGCAAAGAUUUUAUUUUGUAAAGCAGAAGUGAAAAUGUCUACCUAUUGGAAGUCAAAUCGUUUCAAGAAAGAUUAUCUUAGAGCUGUUGCGCACUUUGAGGAGGAAUAUCAGGAUAUGCAUCGCCGGAUCAGCUCUGGGACUUUAGACUAUGGUUGGCCGCAACUGGAGCCGAGUACCGCUUUCAACAAUUACGAUACAAACGAUAGUGCUAUGGUUCUUGAGCAGACCAUGAAUGAAUUUUUUCCUAUUAAUCCUGAAGCUGAAGCAAUACGCCAUGACUGCUUUCCUCAAUUCUGCGAAAGUUGUGCUGACGACUGGACAGUCGACUAUGAUGUGGUAGCCCAUGAGGCCGCCGAAAUUAUACGGAAAGUCAGCUCAAUGCAUACCUCAGUUAGAAAGAAGAAACGCAAAAAAAAUCGUAAGUGAGUCUCUAAUCUUGAAGGAGCAACUUUUGAAACGGAAAAUGUUUUAUUUUUAUUUUUAAUUCUUUACAUUAAAUAAAUAAAA